CUCCCAAACGGGUUACCGAAUUAAGAUCAUUUAUUGUCAAUCAUAGUUCAACAAAAAAAAAAAAUAAAUAAAACUCAUAACAUCUUGGUGACACCUGAAUUUUAGAAAUAUACUUCCUAUUGUUAAUUGAACCUAUAAAAUGGCACUCAAUUGACAAUUAUUGAUCAGUGACAAUAGUUCCGUCUGAAAACUUCAAUCAAAAAUCCAUCAUGAAAUUCCUUUUGUGUCUCGUUCUCUGCUUUGCAGCUGCUCAAGCCGGACUUGUGGGAGUUCAGAAUGCUGUAGCUUACUCUGCUGGAGUUGCUGUGCCAUCAGUAUACAACGCUCCUUUAGCAUACAAUGCUCCUUUGGCAUAUAACGCUCCUUUGACUUAUAACGCUCCAUUGGCUUACUCUGGAUAUCCAUCGGUUUAUAGUGCAGGAUUAGCUAGUCCUGCUGCUUAUAGCAAUGUUGGACUUGCUAGCCCAUUGGUAAGGUCUGCUUAUGCAGCUCCAACAGUAUAUUCCAGUCCCAUUGUCGCCAAUACUUUGUUUAAGAAAUAAGAUUGAUACCUUUGAAAAUAUUUAAAAUAAAAAUAAAAAAAUAAACUCC